GCCCAGGACUGACAGCUCAACUCUGCUCAUGGUGAAAGUCAAACACGAGCAGUCACAGUUCGAACAGGGAGGAGAGAGGGAACAAAGGCCGAGUAUUGGCGUGGUCGACUCUAAUCUGAUUUCAGACCUUUAUCUGAGACCUGUACUGGACUCAGAUAAAGAAUAUAAACCUGAAUGUGAAGAUCAUAGUUUCUCACAGCAAAAGAAAACCAACAUUGGGAGUAAAGGAGAAAGGGUCAAGACUUGGUUUUUAAGGUUCAGCUUUUAAGUUUGGGUUUUAGGUGUGAUGUUUGACGUCAGGAUAAGAGACCAGGGAAUGCAUGACGUCAACAGGUGCCCACACCAACACACACAAGUUCAAAAUGUGUGUGUGUGUGUGUUCAGGGGGCUCCCUCAUGCCCUUUGGUACUUGCUGAUGAUAAUACCAGUCUGUUUGUUCUAUUUAUGGCCUGUUGCAAACACAGGGUUGGUUCCACAGAACAGAGCUUUGAACCAGAGAUACAGACGUUACACUCAAUUGAUGGUUUCAAACGUAUUCGCUGCUUUGGAGCUUUUUACCAACUGACCGUCGAACCUGUGUGUGUAUACUUUACAAACAUCUGUCGUACAAAGCAGUUGUACAAGUAAAGCUUAUUUCACCACAACAAUAUGUGAUUUAAAGGUUCGAAUGUUGAGGGGAAACGAAAAUAAAUUCCACUUAAUAAUUGAGAUGAGGUUUCAUUUUGACCGUUUGGUUUGAAACAUUUUCUUUAUUGACAAAAUAAACAUGUGUUAAAGAAUCAGGUACAACGUGGACAGCACAUGUAAAGCAGAGUAAAUAUACAUGUAGAAUAUGUACAAAUAUACAUGGUAAUAAAUAAAUACACUUUUCAUAAAGUUCACCAGAUACUCAAGAGCGUCAUCUUCUGGAUGAAUGUAGUAACAUCACUGAGUUUGAACUAACCCUAACCCUAACUCUAGCUAGUAUUGAAAUGUGUCCAGUAUUUUUAGGGGGUAUUUCACAUUCAAAAAAUAAAUGAGAAAUUGUUCCUGUACUAUGUUUAAAAAAGGUACAAGAAGUAUCGCAAUAAGAGAGUGCAUAUAUUUUAUGUAGAAUUUAAAAAUGUACUUUCUUUACCUUGUUCUAAAUACACUACUUGUACCUUUUAUUACUUUAUUUAAAUGUACAAUAUAAAUGUACUCUUUACAUAUAGGCAGAUGCAAAUUAAGAUUUAAAUAAAUAAGUAACAAAAAGAAUUACAGAAACAAUGAGAACAGAUUAACAGAAAAUUAAUCAGAACACAAAAAAUAUCUAAAAGAAAGAAAAUAGAAUUAAAUAUGAUUAUUAAAAUAUUUCUGCAGUUUUGUUAUUUAUAUUUUAUUUUAUUUUUAAUCAAUAAACUUUAGGGUCUUAAAAUAAUCUUUAAAAUCUUGCAAAAGGCUAUUGGGUAAUUUGGUUAUCCUAAAAAAGCUAUUUAAUAACUAACAAAUAUAAACAUUUGACCUUAUAUAUUACUUUAUGUUAUUAGGAAACAUAUAUAAUUUAUUUAAUUUCUAUUUUUCUUCCUUUAUUUUGUCAGGAAACUAAAUCCAAUGUUUUGAUUGUCAGAAUUAAAACAUGAUGUUUCUUUCUUUCUUCUGUUUUUUGGUCUGGUUGAUGACGCAGUGUCCCAACAACCAAUAAUGUGAAGGCAAAUAAUGCACAUGCAGUUGUCCCAGUGCCCCAAUGCUUUUUAUGUGUGGGUCAGUGUGUGUCUGUCUCUCUGUGUGUGUCUGUCAGCUGCUGUCAGGACUGAAGACCACACACUCACAUCAACAGGACUCAGAUUGUGUGUCUCUUCAAGCUCUGUAAUGUCAGAUCAAGUUAAAGAGCUCGUGUCAAAGUGUCUCCAGGCUCGGGACAUGGCUUACUGUCCAUACAGCCGCUUCCCUGUCGGUGCUGCCUUACUGACAGCAGAUGGCGCCAUAAUCACAGGCUGUAACGUGGAGAACGCCUCCUACGGUCUGACGGUGUGUGCCGAGCGGACGGCCAUCCAGAGAGCUGUGGUGGAGGGACACACACAGUUCAGGGCCAUCGCUGUGACAUGCGACAUCAAGGAUCGCUUUGUUGGCCCGUGUGGAGCCUGUCGACAGGUUCUCAUGGAGUUUGGAUCCGACUGGACCGUGUACUUGGCCAAGCCGGACGGAUCUUACAAAGAAACCAGCCUCAGUGAACUGCUGCCUCUCGCCUUCUCAUCUGCACAUCUCGCAAAGAACUAAUGACGGAUUCUCAAAAGUUACACUCGUCUUAUUGUUACGAGGAAAAGGAUACGAUAAGGAAAUAUAUUUGUUAUCAUCUUCUUUGCAGUUGAUUUAUAGAAAAUUACACU